AGAUGUUACUUUUAUAUUAAACAAAGUCAAACAAGAUUGGGAGACUAUAAAAUGAGGAUGGUUUCCUUUUCCAGGUAAGACCUGUGGGCAGCUGCCCACCCUCAGAUGGCCGCUGCCUCAGUCAGGUCCUCUCCACAGGUUCGGCCUUGCUGGGCAGCAGGGCCUGCUCCAAGCUGGGGCAAUAAGGUACCUUUUGUCCCACGCCCCGGCCUGAGGCAGCCAACUGUGUGUCGGGCUUUCUUGAGAGGUCAGAGUCCCAAGUGCGAGAGCCGAGGAUUCCCGAAGCCGCCCCAGGACCCAGCUGAGCUCGGGGGAGGAAGAGCUGGUGAGGGCGGGAGCCAGAGGAGGCCAGGGCGCCAGGCAGCCCGCUGUGGCCCCAUGCCUGGCCCUGGGCAGGACGCUGUGCUGGGCCAACUGCAGGAUGUGGCGCUGGCCAGCCUGGACUGGGGCUUCCUAGAAGCCCGCCCCGGGGUGCCCCGGUCUGAACACCAGCGCCAGGCCCUGCGAAGCCUGUCCUGUGUCCUGUGUCCUGUGGGCCUCUUCGUUCACUGGACGCAGUGCGAUGUGCACUGGACAGGAAGCUCUGUGCAGCAGGAGCGGUGUGGGCCCCAGGAGGGGACAGGGUGCCGGAGGGCGAGGCCCGGCCUGGCCCAGACGGUCCUCGAGGUGACAGCGGACAAGCACUGUGUGUGGCAGCUGCUCAGCACGCUUGCUGUGCCCCACUGCUAGCAUCCCUGCCUCAGCUCCAUCUCAGAUCGUCAGGGGCUGUAACCCAGUUCCCAGGAAUGCGCAGUUCACAAAGCAGACAUAGAACCGCCACCUCCUAAUGGGAGCAGCAGCACUGCAGAGGGGACUUUGCUUGCUCAACCACUGCUCACCUGCUGCUGUGUGGCCCAGUUCCUGAAACUUUUCUACAAAUGUCUCUUCCCAUGAUUGGAAGCCGCUCUCGCUUCUGCUGAAGAAAGCAAUGU